AUGGCCCAGUCUUUGGAUGUUCUCUCACGUCGGGAGCAGUUCUGCUCAGCCGACGAAUCCCUUCAGCUGCUGUCCAACUACUUGAGACAUCGCUACGGGCAGCUGGAGCGUUCUCAGACCCCGCCAGCAGCGCUGGUAGGCCGGAUGACGGAUUUGGAGUUUCGCAUCCUCGAUGCCUGCAUGAAAUUUACCGAAGCUUGCGGAGAGAUUGUUGCAGAAUGUAAGAAGGCGGAGCAAGUGCCGGAUGAAGUGCUCUCGGACAUGCUGGAAGAGGUGAUGGACUACUGCCAGACCCUACAGCUAUUCAGUCAGCAGCGCAAGGACAACGUGACGGCCAUCGUUGAGAUGGAAAAGCAAAAUUUGGAGGAAUUCCGCCGCCUCCAUCAGUCGGUUGAAAAUCGAGCGAAUGUUGAGACUGCCCUUACUGCGGUUGGAACUGCGGGAGCAGCAGUUGCCGCAGCUGCCGCGGGUCCAGUCUCCUUGGUGGCAGUAGCCUUGCUGAGCUUGGCAGCAGGGACCUCGAUCCGAACCCGCCGUGAUGCAGCAAACAGAGUCCAGCAAUCAUUGGUGGAGAGCAUGCAAGCCAAAAAUGUGCCCGUUCAGUGCAUGGAGACCUUCGCCAAGAACCUGGACGAUGCCAUUGAGAGAAUUGCCGAGGAUGGUUCUAAGAUUUCGGGGCGCUCUGCUCGCAUCAAGCGCCGCAUGGAGAUGAUCUUGGAAGAGAUCCAAGGUGUGCAGACGCUUUUGAUUGCGGAGCAAUCACUGGCUCGUGCAGCGGUGUCCUUGAAAGGAUACAUGGGCGGUGUUGGUGGCGGACUGGAGAGCCUUAUUGGCAGGCUUCGGGAGAUGCCAGACAGCUUGCUGAAAAUGGACUUGCAGAAUGUAAUCUACCGCUACUUUGCCGAGAGCGCGCGUUUGUUCAAGCAGAUCCAGCACAGCAUCCGCUCCGGAGAAGCCGAGCUGUCAGUGAUUCGCGAUGGUGAAGAGCCAGCAGCUGAAGAUUUGACAGCAGCCUUUGUUGACUUCAUGGAGGCCGUGAACUCGUUUGGCAGUUGGAGAUCCAAGGGGCGCUUGGACGUGGAGGAGAAGUUGAAAAGAGCUCUGCGAUCAAACAGGAGGCUGUCCACUUUGCCUUGGAAACUGAGUGCAACUGCCUGUGUGUGCCUCUUGGCCUGUAGCGCCGCCAGCUUGGGAGGCGCUUCGGUUUACAGGCUGCCGCUGUUGUGGAUAGUUGGAACGGCGGUGGGUUCGGCCUUGGCGGCUGUGAUGUUCUGCUGUCUUCGACGCCGGCAGGAUGUACGGCAACUGGGAGGUUUGAAGACUCUGUGGGAGAAGAUGGGAGUUCUGGAAUCCAACGUGGAUGAGUUGCUCCGAUCUUGGACGCCAGACUUGCACAUGCUUUCCUUCCCGAAAGCCCUUGAAUCUGCCCAAAGGAUCCGAUGCCAACUCGACCACUUUAUGCAGCAACUGCAGAUGAAGGCCUUAAUUUUCGAUCCUUCUGUUCCCAAUGCCUCAUAA